CCAGGCCCAGCGGACGCCGGCUGCAGUGGAAAGCCGCCUGCUUUCGGCCCCCGGCGAGGGCGCCGGGGCUCGGAAUCCUCAGUUCAACCAGCAAGUGACAAACCUAAUGCAAGAGAUGGAAGGUGUGGAGAUCCUGUUGUUGGCAGCCUGCAACUGCUGGGGCUUUGAGCGAUCUGAGUGACAAUGUUGGGUUCUCAAAUUAUUUGGAAAGGGCUAUAGUACUUGUUGAAAUGAAGUCGACGGUGUUUUCUGCAGUCGCUGUUUCUAUUGGUUAUACAUUACUUGGAUGGGAUUUUACAGCAGUUUUAGAGGCUAAUCUCCAUAUGAAGAAGGAAUUUGAUCUAAACAAUGGACCUUCUACUGAUGGAAUAAUUUUAGCAGUUUCAGUUUUCGGGGCUAUUGUGAUCACAGUAUUCUCUGGAUCACUAUUAGAUUGGCUUGGCAGACGUGCUGCAUUGAUUUACUCUUCUCUGCUCUUGAUUUCUGGUGGUCUUUUAAUGGUCUGGUCUCCUAACAUAUAUAUUCUACUUCUAGCUAGGCUUAUUGUUGGAUCAGGAAGUGGUUUGGUUUUCACCUGUGUUCCGAUUUAUAUAUCUGAAACAUCUCCUCCAAGUAUGAGGGGAUCACUGGGAACUAUGCCACAGCUCAUGUUCUUUGUAGGAAUGGUCUUUUCCUAUUCCCUGAUAUUUUGGAUGACACUGAUAUCUUCACCGAACUGGAGAAUUAUGAUCGGUGCAAUCUUUGCUCCUUCCAUGGUAUACUUUACUUUAUUGGUGUUCUACUUGCCAGAAUCACCUAGAUGGCUUGUAAGUGAUGGAAAAAUUAGUGAGGCCCGGAUCUCUUUACAGUGGCUUAGAGGGAAGGAUGAUGUUUCAGGAGAAAUAGCUCUUAUUGCGGAUGGUAUGAACAUGAUAAUGGACACGACCGUUGGAGGACAUGCUAUUGGUGCUGUUCGAAGUCAAAGUUUUCUUGGAACUAGCACGAGCCAGAUGUCACGCCAUAGUACUUUCUAUUGGCACCUUUCAGAUCCACUAGUUGAUCUUCUUGGAAGCAUCCAUGAGAGUAUGUCAGAACAAGGAGCUGCACGAAACAGCUACUUCCCUGUCUUCAACAGUUUCAACAUUGUUGAAGAAGAACGGUUGAAUGAGCAGACGGGGGAUGAUAGUCUUCAACAAACCAGGGAGGCAUAUUCUGCUGAAGAGGGCAAUAAUGGAGAAAAUUUGCAAACUUCUCUUCUAUCCCAAGUAACAAGUGCUGAAGUAAACGAUAUAAAUACAUCAUUCACCUCUGAAGGGAGCUCAUCAUAUUUGAGAAGACAUGGUACAUCAACAUCAGGGCUUGCACAGGAUUUAAUAUCUUCUUUGCAUGAUCAUGACAUUGAAGAAGAUGAUGAAGAAAUACAUGGGGCAGCAUUAUCUAGUCAGCCUGCACUUGGUGACAUGGUAAACAGAGGAUUACAUCCAUUUCGACAACAUAUGGUCCGGCUGUCUGAAACAGCUGACAUAAAGCCCAAAUGGAGGGUACUUCUUCAGCCAGGAGUCAGGCAUGCCUUGUGUUAUGGCAUGCUGAUUCAAGCUCUUCAGCAGUCUGCAGGAAUCAGUGGCCUUCUCCAAUACAAUCCUCAAAUUCUUGAACAAGUUGGAGUAGUUAGUUUGUUUUCAGACCUUGGACUUGAUUCCCAUUCAACAUCGAUCCUCAUAAGUGCCCUUAAUGCUUUGCUGAUGCUUCCUUGUAUAACUGCGUCAAUGAUGCUGAUGGAUGUCUGUGGAAGAAGGGCUCUUCUCCUAGUCAGUAUUCCAAUCCUAAUAUUAUCAGUCGGCACCAUAUCUUUUUCCAACAUAGUGAAGAUGGGAUCUUUGGCGCACGGAAUGCUCUUUCAGCUCUCAUUAACCAUUUGCUUCUGCUCAUAUGUCGUCGGUCUGGGGCCAAUACCCAAUAUUCUCUGCUCUGAGAUGUUCUCAACAAGGGCUCGUGCAACAUGUGCAAGUUUUUGUUCACUUGCCUUCUGGUUUGGCAGACUACUAUCUAUUUACUGCUUCCCGGUGAUGCUAAGUACCAUUGGGCUCACCGGGGCAUGUGGGAUUUAUGCAUUUGUCUGCUGCAUGGUUCUUUUGUUCGUCUGCUUAAGAGUCCCUGAGACGAAGGGUCUUCCCUUGGAGCUCAUAGCUGAGAUUUUCAAGUUUUCAAGACAAGAAUGUUUGUAGAAGAGUUGCAGAAUGUUCAGUAUUGAAGUGACCCAGGUUGAUUGUUGAAUGCUUGCUUGCUAGUGCUGUACAUAUGACAAAUGUAGCUUGAAUCUUUGCAAAUUUUGUCCUAGCUAGAAGAUUGGUUUGGUGAUAGUAUCUGUACCUUGUAGUUUUCCUUUAAUUGUCUUUAUUCUGCUCUGGAGGUACGUUAAAAAGGAAAAUCAUUACAUGGCUUCUUUUGCAUCACAAGAGAAAAAAAUCAUGCUGCUGAAUGUAUACAGACAAGAUUUACCUGUAGUUAUUCCAAGAAUAAUUCUUCUCAAGGUUACAUGGUGAUUCAGCCUCUAUUAUGAAGUAGUGGCAUUCUGAUGCUAUUU